AGUAGAAAUAUUUAAUUGCAAAUAUGUAUAGGUCUUUCAACCUUCUGCGUUGAAGAGGAGCCGGUUUAAACCCUUUAAACCUGAGAGGCAGAGCCUAUCAGGCCGUGUUCAGCCGUGGAGAUCGCUGUUUCUCCGCAGGAAAUGAUGCGGGGAAAAUUCCCAUAAUGUCCAGUCAAUGACUAAGAGGAUAGGAGCAACACAAAGAAACUGUAAAUUCUCAAACAAGCUGUUUAAGCUUGUUCCGGGGAUAAUUUUAGCUAUCGAAAAGGGCAGACACUUUGAUUUCUAUGAUUGUUACAUUUUUUGCAUCACUGAGCCUAUGCUAAAAAACGAAGGAUUUGUAGUAUAUAGCUAAUAUGUCAGCUAGCUAGUGUUAGCUUGCUGGCUAGCUAAAUACGACAGGGCUGUUUUGUCGUUGUCUAUGUGGAACUCACCACGAUUGAAGUGAUGAUCGUGAAUUACGUGGAAAUACAGUUUACGAUUUAGCAGCCAGCAGCUCUGAUGAGAGACCUUUCUUAUCUCGUGAAUCAUCCUCUCCAUCUUAUCCCAUUGCCUGCCCUGAUCUCAUCAAUGGACUGAGAAGCUGACUCUCUUGCUAAAGAAUCUCUCAACAGUCAUACCAUUUCCUGUUUGUUCUCGAACGAGAGAGGUUUGGACAAGAAUAGGGAUGAGCGAUACAGUUUGGGAUUACAUUUUGAAAUACUCCGAUUUUAUGACAACCUAUAACUUGACUAUACGUAGUAUCUUACAAUAAAGCUAUUCUAGCAGUUUCAUCAAUGAGUGACGUGUUUAGUUCCAGCAGUAUAAUGUAGCUACCUGGUCACCCAUCUCAUAUUUCCAGCUCACAGCAGAAUGUGUCACAUACAAAGAGACACAUUAUGCAGACACAUUUUAACAUUCAUGUGUGCAUUUGCAGUUAUGUGUGCAUCAGGUCAUGUUUUUCUCUUUGAAACGUUUGGUGUAUAUUUGUUUGUGAAAGCUCAGCGGAUGUCAAGGUCACCCCAAUGCCCCUCUCUCAGAUGACACCCCUGCUCAUCAUUCAGUUGCCGUGGGCCUGAGGGCAUGUUGAGGAGUGUCGGCCAGCCAGAUCACCGGGGUGCAGACGGAGCUGAGCAGACCUGAAGAGGAGCGGAGAGGAGGAGAGUCAGUGAGAGUGUGAGAGAGAGACAUGGGCCAGUGCGUCACAAAGUGCAAAAACCCCACCUCCUCUCUGGGCAGCAAGAGUGGAGACAAGGAGAAGUCCCACGGCAAGAAGGGCGGAGGAGGAGGAGGAGGAGGGGGGCACAAGGAAGACCCCUGUCCCAAGAGCUCUGCCGAGCCCGUCUACAAUGGCACCAAGGCCCCCGAUGUGACCGUGGAGACCAGCGUCGCCCCGCCACCGGUGCACGGGGAGGGUGUGAAGGAGGAAGGCUGGGCGGAGGGCGACGGCGUAUCGCUGCGGCGGAUUGAGGAGAUGUUCCUGCGCUACAAGGACGAGCAGGAGGACGCCAUCCUGGAGGAGGGCAUGGAGUGCUUCUGUGAGGACCUGCAUGUGGACCCCGCCGAGUUCCGCGUCCUCGUGCUGGCCUGGAAGUUCCAGGCGGCCACCAUGUGCAAGUUUACAAGGAAGGAGUUUGUGGAGGGCUGCCGGGCCAUCCAGGCGGACAGUGUGGAGGGCAUCUGCUCGCGCUUCUCCGUGCUGAUGGAGGAGGCGCGUGGCGAGGAGAGCUUCAAGGACCUGUAUCGCUUCACCUUCCAGUUCGGCCUGGACGUGGACGAGGGCCAGCGCUCGCUGCAGCGCGGCAUCGCCGUGGCGCUCUGGCGGCUGGUCUUCACGCAGGACAUGCCGCCGGUGCUGGAGCACUGGCUGGACUUCCUGUCAGAGAAUCCGUGCGGCGUGCGCGGCAUCUCGCGCGACACUUGGAACAUGUUCCUCAACUUCACGCAGAGCAUCGGGCCCGACCUGAGCAACUACAGCGAGGACGAGGCCUGGCCCAGCCUCUUCGACUCCUUCGUGGAGUGGGAGACGGAGCGCCGGAGGAGAGAACAGGAGGCGGAGGACGAGAGGUGGAGGGGGAUGGGGGGAGGAGGAGGAGGAGAGGAGGAGGGGGGGGAGUGCCCACCCCCCUCUGUCACAGACUGCUCAGAUGGGGCAGCAGCACAGGGCUGGACUUCUCACUGACUGGCUGUGAGGCAUGCUGGGAUAUGAACCCUUGAGAUGGCCUUGAUGGAUAUGAGUAUUACUGUUUCAUUACCCAUCUAUAUUUCACCGUUAUUAAUAUGAUUAUUUUGGCUGCUUGGGGAGGACGGCCCCCUCCUCCCUCCCCUUCCCCCCCUCCUGGCCCCACCCAUUCUCGUGUUUUUAUAAAAGGGCUCUGUAAUGAAAUGGUGUUUUUAAGCACUUCUAUUUAACUUAUUGUUUUAUUUUGUAAAUGAUUGUUUUGGUAUUCAACAUUUGGGUUUUGGAGAGUUCACAACCCCCCCACCCCUAUUCCCAACCCGACCCCUGUGUUUUGAGCAAACCCCCCCCCCCCCCACUCCAGAAGCCCUGGUGACUGGAAAGAGAGUGGCUGCCCAUGGGCAGCUGCAUCUCAGUCCACCGAUUGCUGCCCCCUAGGUUCACUACUUUAGUUCACUUCGCCUGCGAGGUCUGUGUGUGAGAGAGGGGAGGGGAGGAGAGGAGAGGAGUGCAUGUUGAGGGGAUGCACCUUUUAUGAGGUGUGCUGUUCACACAUUACCAAGCAAAGGCAGUGAACGCCUGAGCCAAUCACAACCAAACCAGCACACCACAUGUGAACCUUGAGGAUUCCUCCUCAGAGGUGAACGAGGGAGAGAGGAGAGAGCACCCUGUGGGGUGACCGAACAAGAGCUAAAGGAGGGAUGCAGGGUAUGACAUGAAUUGGGCUAAUGUCUUAGAUAGUCAGCCUUAAAGCAUUGCACAAGAGGGUAUCAUAAACCAUUUCGAUACCAAAAAAUCAGGCACAGUGUGUCCAUGAAAGAAAUCACAACCAUACCUUCCACCAAGUUAUAGAAUUUGUGUUCGGCAUCAUUCAAGACUCCAGCAGAAUGAGUGCCCUGACCUUAAUGCCUGGCCCAGAGUGUGGAUCUGUGUGGCCGUCAUGACUGCAAGGUGAUUCAGCAGAAACGAGCUGAUGAGAUGUGGGAGAGCCCUCCGCUGCUGCACUGAGAUUGUCCCAGGAUGUCCCAGUCACCUCUCUUAAAAGCCCUCUUUAAGAGGCAUUUGUACUGAACCAAAGCACCAUGUUGCCCAACUACGUAUCUGUUCAAACCAUUGUAGAAAACAAGUAUUAUUCUGGAAUCCACAGAAUCAUUUAAGAACACUGAUAUCUGAUGUAUCCAAGUCAGUAUGUAUUAUUUUUUAUUUGAAAUGAUUUUGCCCCUCUCGUAAGUUGGACAAUGUCCUUUGGAUGACUGACAUGCCAUUCUUGUGGCUCUCUUAAUGUGGUGGUGACAUCAAAAAGAUUGUGAGAUAAUGUUUGCUGAAGAGUGAAGGGAGUAUAUUUUUGGACCAGGUAUCCCUUUCUCUUCCUGUCUCCUCAUUACAGUCUCUUGCACGCUUCAACCUCUUAAGCCGGGAAGUACUCUACAUAACAUUUAAUGAAGAAGGGAAAUUGCUGCCUAAGUAAUAAAAUAGUAAUGGGAACAUUACACACAACUAUAUAAGGGCCCUGUGUUGCAGUAAAAAAGUGUUGCUGAUGCUGAAUGUUUGGAGAGGACAUGGAGGUGUUGGCACCAGAGGCUGUGUGUGAGUGGAUGGGAGUGUGUGUGUGUGUGUGUGUGUGUGUGCGAGUGUGUUUGUUAUUGUGCGUGUACAAAGAUGGCACUCUUUGGCCUCUGUUGCCAAACACUUAAAUCUCACAGGGAUCCUCAUUCUUUAUCCUUUGGCCUCGGUUCUGUUUUCUUUCCUCCUCCGGCUGGACCCCUCUGCCCCCCUCCCUUCAGCUCGCAGUGUGUGAUUCCUGAGGAUGCCUGUGACCAGACACGUGUGAUUGUUUGGAAGGUGCUUGCUGUGAUCAGGUUUAUUUUUGCGGUUUACAUUUUACAUUUACAGUGGUUUCAUUUCACUUUCCUUUGUCUGGUUUUUAUAUAAAAAUGCAAUGAUUUAUAACAAAUAAAAUGGAGUGGACAGUGAACCACAAAAUGUUA